AUGCAGAAUGAUUUAAAUAUAUCUUUGAGUGAAGCCCCUAAUAAAUAGACGAUUAUGGUCAUCGGAUUACAAUAAGCAGGAAAGACUGCAUUUGUUUAGAAAUUUUCGGCUAUAAAUAAAAAACUUUUCUAAGACUCCAAGAUUCCAGAAUACGAUAUAGAAUUAAUUGAUACACCAUCUUAUGAUUCAUUUUUUACAUUGCUACCUUUUAGAGACCCUAAAGUUACUGGAUAUAUCAUUGUCUUUUGUUAGCAAAAUUCAGAAAUAUUGAAAUCGACCAAGUAAAUUAGAAAGAAAUUGUUUUCGAUCAAUGGUCAACAUAAAAGAACUGUAAUACUUUUUAAUGAAUUUACAUAUUUUGAUAAUAGGUCUUCUGAAAUUCAAGAAGAAAUUUUGGAUAUCAAAUAUUGGUCCAAGCAAUAGGAUAUUAUAUUUUCCUAGCUAGAUAUAAAAAGAGCAUCUUCCAAGGAAAUAGUAAAUUUCUUUGAAAGGAUGUUUAUGAAAAAAAUACGAACAACUUUGAAUUAGAAAAUAUUUAUUAUCAUCUAGUUUGGAGUUAGCAUCUAUGUUUUUUUAUUUGCAAUUUGGUUGUCAAUUAAGGAUCCAUCUUUAAUUAUAAGUAAUAUUUAAUUGGAAAUUUACUGCUUGGCCUUGCUGUGUUUAGGGAUUUCAAAUAUGUUCAUACCAUAUUUUAUUAGAACAGGAAUAAAGGAUUCAAACACAUAAUGCAUUAAUAGAUCCAAAAUUUUCAGUUGUUUAGUAACUGUUAUCUCAGUCAUAACCCUGAUCAUUGCCUCCAUGUUUUUGUAGUUGCUAUCCUGUCUAAUUAUGUCUAUACUUUUCACGUUUAAUUCAGUACUUUGCUUAUUUUUUACAUUUCUAUUUAUGAAAAGUUAUUUUUAAUAAGAUCAGAUAAUGAUUAUUUAUACAAAGAUGUUAAACUAGAUUUAAUAUGAAUAAACCACAAGGUUUCUAAGAUUUAUAUAAUAUCGCUUUUUUGAUUAUUCCUUUUUUUAAAUUCACUAGCUAUCUAAAUUUUAUGAUGAUUUAUUCAAAUAAUUAAUUUAUUAUUCACACUCUCUAAAAUUGUUCAUUUUAAUGUAAUAAGUUAAUAAACUAUUUAAUUUAUCAAUAUCAGCACAUACCUUUGUUAAAGUUGAUUAUGUCCUCCGUAAUGGCAAUUUAUUUAAAUGA